AUGGUCACUUUUUGGCACCCCCUCCUAUUUUUCCUUUUCUUACAAAUCUUUCUCCAUGUUUCGUCUGCUUUCUUUUGCAUUCACCCUCAUUCCUUGAAUAGUUCGCAUCUUUCUUUUACUUUCUUUCUUCUUUUUCAUUUUUCAGUCUUCCUCUUUCAUUUUAUCUUUCCUCUCGUCUCUUUCAAUCAACAUUUUCUUUUUUAUUAUUCGUUUCCAAAGUUUUAUUCUUUCUAUUUCUUCUUUCUCCUUUUCUUCGUCUAUCAAUCUCUCUUUUCUUCCAUCUUUUUUCAUGUUCCUCGUUAUAUUUUAUUUCGCAUUUCUUUUCUUCUUCUUUUUCUUCUUUUCUUUCUUUCUUUCUUUCUUUUCUCUCUUGCCUGUUUCUUUUUUCUUUCUUUCCCUCUUUCUUUCCUCCUUUGCUUUCUUGCCUUCUUUUUCUUUUUUCUUUCGUUCUUUCUUUGCUUUCUUGACUUCUUUUUCUUUUUUCUUUCUUUUCUUUCCUUCUUUGCUUUCUUGCCUUCUUUUUCUUUUUUCUUUCUUUCUUUCCUUUCUUUCUGGCCUUUUCCCCUUUUUCUUUCUUUCUUUAUUUCCCUUUUUCUUUCUUUCUUUUCUUUCUUGUCUUCUUUUCCUUUCCUUCUUUCUUUUUCCUUAUUUUCUUUUUGCCUUCUCUUUCUUUCUAGCUUUACUUCUUUCUUUUUCCUUUCUUUCCCUUCUUUCUUUAGUUCUUUCCUUUCUUUCUUUCUCCAUUCUUUUUUUUCUUAUCUCCUUCUUUCUUUCCGUCUUUGUUUCCGUCUUUUCUUCCUUCCUUCUUUCUUUCUUACAUUCCCUCGUUCUUUGUUGCCUUCUUUUUCUUUCUUUACUUCUUUUCUUUUUGUCUCCUUUUUUCUUUUCUUCUUUCUUUCUUUCUUUCUCUCUUUCUCUCUUUUUCCUGUCUUUCUUUCCUUAAUCCUGUUUUCAUUCUUUCUUACAUAUUUUGUUCUUUCUUACUUUUAUUCUUUGUUCCUUACUUUCUUUCUUUUUCCCUUCUUUCUUUAUUUCAUACAUUGUUCCUUCUUUGUUUCAUUCUUUCUUUCCUUUUGUUUCUUUCUGUUUUUCUUUCCUUCUUCUUUCUUUCUUUCUUUCUUUCUUUCUUUCUUUCUUUCCUCUUUUCUAUCGUUUCCUAUCAAAUAA